AUGGUACCCUCCAACCUCCCAAGCCUCCGUAGAAUACGGUGGCGUCCUACUCGAGGAAAUGCACUUUAUGAGCUCAGCGACGAAGAGACUGCUGUGGGUUUUUGGGUCCUCUUCGACAAGUAUUUUGGGCUAGUGUCCAUGUGGGUGCGAGGCGACGACGCGGGCAGCUGCGGAUUCUUUGAUCGAUUACCGGUAUUUGUACUCCGCAAAGGGCCCAAUAGUAGGUGGGGCUCAGCCCUUCGGGAAAUCCAAUCGAAUGUCAGCGGGCGCCAGUGUCAAUCAAUUUCCAGUCGCGCCCGUCAAAUUCUUCUUGACGGGCGCUUCCUGCUACCGCUGUGCAAACGAGCCAAGUUAGGUCCAGCGGCUUCCCAGAGAUUAUCAACCAAACAAAUCUACGACGAGACCAAUAUUGAAGACAAGCAGGUUGAUCAGAUGAAGAAAAAGAAAGCCAAUUCCCCAAAAUAAAUCAGACGAAGACGCACACAAAACCCCACCAGCAACAGAUUGGGAGCAGCCACUGAGCAUUACAUGGUUACGGACAAACU